AUGAUUAUCACUAGAGAUGACACAGUGGGAAUUUCUAGUCUCAAACAGUUUCUUCAUCGCCAGUUUGAGAUGAAAGAUUUGGGUGCACUUAGCUACUUCAUUGGCUUAGAAAUUUCUCAAGAUUCCUCUGGUUAUUUUUUUACCCAGGCCAAGUAUGCUUCUGAUCUCUUGGCUCGUACUAGCCUUACCGAUUACAAGACUGUCACUACUCCAAUUGAUCCUCAGACUCGUUUUACACCUCUUGACGGCCCCCUAUUGUUAGAUGCCACUUUAUAUCGUCAGCUAGUUGGUAGUCUUGUGUAUCUCACAGUCACUCGUCCAGAUAUUGCUUGUGCUGUUCACAUUGUUAAUCAGUUUAUGACUGCUCCUUGCUCUCCACACUAUGCUACUCUGGUUCGCAUUUUGCGCUAUCUUAAAGGAACUCUGUUUCAUGGUCUUCACUACUCCCCUCACUCUUCUCUACAGCUGCAUGCCUUUUCUGAUGUCGAUUGGGCAGGGGAUCCUACUGAUCGUCGUUCCACUACUGGGUUCUGCUUCUUCUUGGGUCUCUCUAAGGCCUCAAAGGGGAUCCUCGAAAAGGAUAUCAAUAGCUCCAAGCAGUUAUCCAAGUCUAUUAGAGGUAAAGAAGGCUUAUCAUUGGAGGAAGAGCUCUCACAAAUUUCUAGUAAAGAAUCAGCCAAAACUAACGGCUUAGUCUCACCACUAGCCAUUGGAGAGGUAGAAGGCAGGUCGAAGAGACUAGCUAGUCUUGCUUCAAAAAUGUCUACCUCAUCUGUGGACAUGAAGAGGGCAGAAAGGGCUUUGGUGGAAGGCACAAAGGACUGCAUAGAGAUAGGAGAAAUGGGUGGAGCAUCUUCAGCAGUCUCUAUGGUUCUAGCCACCAAUAAAUCAAGGGAAGAAGGGCUGGAACUAGGAAAAAGUAAUAAACUACGAGUUGGAGAGCCGCCAGCACUCUCUUUAGGAGAAUCAGCUACCAUCAAAGAGAAGGUAAUAGCUGGAGCUUCCUUAGGAGGAGAAGGAAAAGCAAGGCUCGAAAGAGAAUUAAAUUGA